GACUCCUUCGAGGCGCCGUGCGCGCCGCUGCACGAGCUGCUGCUCGCCGCGCUGCCCGCGGCGCUGGGGCUCCAGGGGGGCCUGCCCGAGAGGCCCCGGAUUGACCUCCUGAGCGUGGACGCCGAGGGGGCGGAGAUCGAGAUCUUCCGGGAUUUCCCGUUCGACUCGUGGGACGUUCGGGUGGUAGUCGUGGAGACGAGCCGGCGCACCACGAUGGCGCUCGACAGCCUCCUGCUGCCCCGCGGCUUCUUGAAGGUGGCCGUGCUCGGCAAGGACGCCGUGUACGUCAGCCAGGCGCUGGCCCCCGCGCUGCGGCCGGAGGGCCCGGCGCUGCCGGCGCGCAUCGCGUGGAACGAGCCGGGCAGCGACGAGGACGACACGACCGAGUACAUGCGCUUCCAGCGCUUCUUCGGGGUCGACGGGGACCUGGACGACGAGGACCAGAGGGUCGGCGACCAGCGGCUCCACAACGAGUCCGAGCUCGAGAGGCAACGCGAGCGGUUCGACGCCAGGAAGGCCGCGGACGCCGAGCGGCUGGUGGAGGCCGCGCGGGGCGCCGCCGUCGGCGGCGUGCUGUCCGAGGGCGAGCGGGCCGCCCUCGAGGAACCGUGGGUGCAGAGCGCGCUGCGCGACCCGGAGGUCAAGGCGGCGCUCGCGCUCCUCACGGCCUCGGACCUGGGUACGGCGGCGCAGCUGGUGCAGAACAGCGCUGGCCUCAGGGGCAAGCUGCUGGACCUGAUCCGGGCGGGCGUGGUCAGGGCGCCCGAGCUGGGCCUCGACGCGGCCGCCGGGUGA